UGUUGAAGCAUUAUCAGAAACACAGGUGACACAGUUGUUACUUUCAUAGGAACAACAGAGAGCUGACUUAGGAUCAAUAAACACAGGUGUAAUGGGAGAUACAGGAGAACUUUUUACUGCACACUUUGUUAUCUCGUGCAUCUUCCAGACGGUAGCAUUGAGUUCAGAACAAUUCACUGUAAAUGGCUUACAGAGUCCAAUCUUGGCUCAAUUGGGUGGAAAAUUAGAACUCACUUGUGAGUUGUCUCCUCCACAACAAGCGAAGCACAUGGAAAUUCGUUGGUUCCGGGAUCGUUACACAGAGCCAGUAUACCUGUAUCGGACAGGUAAAGACCUGCUUGGAGAAAUUAUUUCCAAGUAUGUUGAGCGGACUGAACUCCUGAAAGAUGACAUUGAAAAUGGAAAAGUAACCCUCAGGAUCUCUAAUGUGACUGCUGCCGAUGAUGGGCCCUACCGCUGCUUCUUCAAACAUGAUAAUUUCUAUGAAGAGCAUAUCACAGUGGUCAAGGUCAUAGCCACAAGCUCAGACAUACACAUUCUUAUGCAUCCCCCUAAUAUCAAAGGUGUUAUGUUGGAGUGUCAUUCAAAAGGAUGGUUCCCAAAGCCUCACAUGGAAUGGAGAGACAGCAAAGGAAACUUCAUUCAAGCUACAUCAGAAUCCCAUUUACAAGAUAACAACAAAAUUUUCACCAUGAAAAUGGCCCUUCUCAUUAAAGCCAACUCCCACUGGAAUGUCACCUGCUUCAUUCAAAACCUUAUAACUCACCAAGAAGAAAGCAUAAGUAUUGUCCUACCAGGUAAACUGUUUUCGUGGAGAACUGCUUGGAUACUGAUUCUGAGUAUAUCAUCAAUUGUGUUGAUUGCCUUCUACAUACCUUACUCUGUUAAACUACAUUCAAUGUGUGUUGCUGAGCAGCACAAGUCAACACCAAGGAGAGAGAGAGACCUGGACCUCAGCAGCAGGCCCCCUGCUCCUGGUACAACAAAUGGUGGAGAAUGUGUGCAGCAGAUCCUGCCUUUGCCACAACAGGGAGUGAUACUAUUAGAAGGAUUAGUUACAUUGGAGUCAAUGCCUAACCAUGACAAUGAACAAUGUGAGGCUGAUCAAUUUAAAGGUUCCAGCUAUAACAGAAUUUCUCCUUGGAUAAAAAGUACAAUUCUCUUCAUAAUGUCAGUAUUAUCAACUCCAGUAGUCAUGCUUAUUUUGCAUUUAAAACAAAGAGUUCCUGAUUCAGAUCAAUAUUUUGAAUUGGACACUUUGUGGUUGGAAGAUAUUAGUGUGAUCCUGUGUGUGCUGAUCAUGAUUAACAGCAAGCUCAUGUUAUUGAUUUACUUCAGAUUGUGUGGAUAUAAAUAUAAAAAACAACCAUAUAAAUAUAAAAUAUUAAGAUUCUCACAUUUCCUGUUUUUUACAAUAACAUUUGGAAUAAUCCUUCUGGAUCUGCAAUUUCUGAACAAAGUUUUGUUUUCAGAUCCCCAAUUGUCCAUGUGUAAAAGCUGGAUGAGAGAUAUGACGAUAAUUGUAGUAACUCUGCUGGUAAUUUUCAAUAUUAAAAGCAGUGCAAAAUUAUUAUUACACAUAGCACGGCUCACCUAUACCUCCAUUCCUGAUUGCUGGGAGCAUGGCCAAGCAUCACAAGUCUCGAAGGUAGCUACCUAAGUGGAACAUCAGUGGAGGUUUUUGUGAGAGUAAAGGUUGCUUGUUAUUAAAUAAUGUUUACCUUUCUUGACUCAAAGUUAAUUGGAGGCCAAAAACUGCAGAACUCUAAUAAUAACGAUUGCUAAUUAGUGGGGGUUGGGGAGAAUUUAUUAAAGACUGUUGUUCUUUUUCCCAUAGA